CUUUAAAGAGGGACAUGUGGCAGGGGCACGAAAUCAGUGUCCGAGAUUUGGCCUGCUGAGUCCAUCCAGAGGUGCCUGCGGAAUGAAGGCUCUUCCCCUCCUCCUCCUCCCUGUCCUGGGGCUGCUGGUGUGUGGCAGGUCUCUGUGUCCAGUGGAGGAAGCCAUCAAUGAGAAGAUCCAGGACGGCACCCGCUCAAUCCUUGAGACAAUAAGGACCAUCGGCCUGAGCUGCCGAACGGUCACCUCCAGGGGUGACUUGGCCACCUGCCCCUUAGGCUUCGCCGUCACCGCCUGCACUUGUGGCUCCGCCUGCGGCUCGUGGGACGUGCGCGCCGAGACCACCUGCCACUGCCAGUGCGCGGGCAUGGACUGGACGGGGGCUCGCUGCUGUCGCGUGCAGGCCCCCGCCUGAGGUCGCCCGAGCGCGGCUCGGGCUGGGGGGCGUGGCCAGGCCUCAGAGGGGCGGGGACGGGCCUCAGAUGGGGCGAGGCCAGGCCUCGGAGGGGCGGGGCUGGAAAUAAACCCUGAGAAGACG